AUGUUCCGCGUCGAGCUCCUCGAAGGCUCCGGCGCAGCCCCAACCCCAGGCUACACCUACGUCGCUGACCGCGGCAUCAACCACCCCCAAGCCCACGCGCCGACACUAAGCCGCAAACGCGGAAUCCGCGACGCCGGCAAAGGCGGCGAUAUCUCCUCGCGACGCGCCAACGCCAUCGCCCGCCACAUCGCCGAGCUCGACCGCGAGAACCAGCGCGAUGUCGCGAUCCCCGUCCCCGUCAAGCAAGCCCGGGAGGCGGGCGCCCGCGGCAACCGCGCAAAGACAACCUCGAACGUGCGCCGCAUUCUCCAGUCCCAGAAGACCUUCCGGAACCACCUGGACGACGAGGAGGCGGCUAUCAGCAAUUCUGGUGGCGGGACCGGGGCGGUGCAGGCUGGAGCUGCGGUGAAGAAUAAUAAGGUUACGGCUGCGGCGGCAGCUGUUGCGCGGCGGAGCUCGACGCCUGCGACGACGCCUGUUGCUGUGAGUGGGAAAAGCAAGAAGCGUGUUUCUGAGAAGGCUGCGGGGGCGGGAGAAGCAGAGCUGAUGGAUGUGGACGGGGAGGAGCGGGGGAAGAGGAGCCGGUUCCGAAGCUCUUGA